UUUUAUGUUAACACAUGAUUUAUUGAAUAUAAAUUUAUAUUGAUAUAUAAUUUGUUAAAAAUAUGUUUAAAUGUGAGUUGAGGGUUAAAUUAUGAGUUUGUGUAAAUUUGGUAGAAUUAAAUGUUUUAGUGAUUUGGCUGGUUCCAGGCAUUUUUCCCGUUCUUCCAGAAAAACUAAGUCCAUCACUGGAACCUUAACAAAUGACGAAAUUGACGCUAAAAUUAGAGAAUUGCAACUGCUGAAGUCACAGAAUCUUCAAAGGCCUGAAUCGCCUGGAUUCGUGAAAAUGAUACGGGAAGGGUUCGGCUACGGUAUUGGCAUUUCUCUAGCCCAGAGAGUCAUCGGAAGCAUCUUCGGACUCAUUUCCCCAGGCUCAGACUCACACAUCGAUUCACACAUUGAUUCUAACAGUAGUGAAAUGUUUCCUGGGUCAAAUAAUCAAGAUGAAGGCUGGAGUUGGAGCUCCGACGAGCUCCUCGAUGAUGAGUAAAUAGACUAAGUGUGCCAUACACAAGUGUUUAAUUAUGUGUUAAAAGUGAAUUUGGUUAAAUUGUACGUAUUUUUUACUUUUUAGGCUGUAGACUAGUGAUUCCUGGUUAUAUCUUUUCAACUCUAUACACGCCCGCUCAUUAGUAAAUUUAACACUUAAAUUCUCCAAAUCUC